AUGACAGUUUCAAGUCCUCAAAAUCCUACUUUCGCUCGUGUCGAUGCCUCAAGUGCUUCAACCACUGCACAGCAUUUGAUCGAUAUCAUCAAUCGGGAUGGUGGAGUUAUCGUUGAAAAACUCGUCGCGCCUUCCCUUGUUGAAAGAAUUCGGGAAGACCUCAAGCCUCAUUUCGACGGGGAUAAGCCCGAUCAGUACGGCUUCUUUCCAAGCACGACUCAACGUGCAUCCGGACUGUUCGCUCAUUCGGACGCUUGUGUUGACCUCGCAUGUGCGCCGCUGUUCAUCGAAGUAGCGAAUGCGUUGGUAUCUUCCACGUUCUCCUUCUGGCGAGGUGACAAGAAGAAAACUGUUACAGGAAAGCCAAUCAUAUCCUCCACAGUAGGCUUUCGCAUCAAUCCCGGUGGAAAGCAGCAGGUUUUGCAUCGGGACGAUAAUGAUUAUCAUCCUCAAGAUGCGCAACUGCCGGUCAUGAUUGGCUGUGUUACCGCCAUAACGAAGACCACCAAGGAGAAUGGGGCGACAGUCGCCGUUCCUGGGUCGCACCUGUGGGACCAAGACAGACGACCUAUGGAGGAAGAAGUGGUUCCUGCGGAGUUGGAGCCUGGCGAUGCCUUCAUCUUCCUAGGCAAUCUGUACCACGGAGGUGGAGCAAACGUAACUAAGGACGAUUACCGAGAGACUGUUGGUAUGUUUCUUUGCAAACCAACAUUGCGGCCGGCCGAGAACCAGUUUUUGAUGGUGCCGCUCGAGAGAGCAAGGAAACUCAAGCCACAGGCUCAAAGAUUGCUAGGUUAUGGCCUUUGCGAGCCAGGAGUAGGGUUCAUGAACUACUCAGACCCAAUGAGAGUCCUCUUUGGUGUAGAGGAUGAGGAAACCGUGAACUUUUGA